CUCUGUUGAUUAGUCAUUCAAAAAUGUUGAAUUUUCAUAUUUCAUGCGCAUUGUAUUCGUGUGGAUUGUGGUAGUUGGUAGUGUUGGUGUUUUUUAAUAUCUGGUUAAAGUACGUAGACUGUAAUAAUUUGUGAAAUUCUACCUCUGUGUAAUUUCCUUGGAGGAAGUGUAAUGCUAUAGGAAUUUUUAAGUCAGCUUCGGAACAUUAUCAUGAAAAUGGUUUUAUCCCAACGCCAGCGAGAAGAGCUUAAUAAAGCCAUCGCUGAUUACCUCAGCAGUAGUGGAUACACGGAUGCCUUGGAGGCGUUCAAGAAGGAGGCGGAUAUGCCCGGCGAGGUGGAGAGGAAAUUCGGCGGCCUGUUGGAGAAAAAAUGGACGUCCGUCAUAAGGUUGCAAAAGAAAGUAAUGGAGUUAGAGUCAAAAUUGAACGAAGCCGAAAAAGAAUACAUAGAGGGCGCUCCCACGCGAAACAAACGUACCCCUUCGGAAUGGAUACCGCGGCCGCCUGAAAAGUUCUGUCUCACAGGUCAUCGAGCGCCUGUGACUCGAGUAAUCUUUCAUCCAGUCUUCAGUCUCAUGGUUUCGGCAAGUGAAGACGCCACCAUCAAAGUGUGGGACUUCGAGACUGGUGAAUUCGAACGCACCCUUAAAGGUCACACGGAUUGCGUCCAGGAUAUAGCUUUUGAUGCAUCGGGUAAAUUACUGGUAUCCUGUAGUGCCGACAUGAGCAUCAAACUAUGGGAUUUCCAACAGACGUUUGAGUGCGUGCGCACUAUGUUAGGUCACGAUCACAACGUUUCGAGCGUUUCGUUCAUGCCAGCUGGCGAUUUCGUCAUUUCGUCUAGUAGGGAUAAGACCAUCAAAAUGUGGGAGGUAUCGACGGGGUAUUGCGUGAAAACAUACACAGGUCAUAGGGAUUGGGUAAGGAUGGUACGAGCAUCCCCGGACGGUUCGCUAUUAGCCAGUUGCUCCAAUGAUCAGAGCGUCAGGAUUUGGGUAGCGUCGUCGAAAGAGUGUAGGACGGAGUUAAGGGCGCACGACCAUGUUGUCGAGUGCAUAUGUUGGGCGCCGGACUCAGCAGCCGGACCCAUCAACGAAGCUGCCGGAGCAGAUAACAGAAAAGGAGCUCAUACCGGACCUUUCCUCGCUUCGGCUUCUAGAGAUAAAACAAUUAGGAUAUGGGAUGUUGGAGCUGGCAUCGCUUUAUUCGUCUUAACGGGACACGACAACUGGGUCCGAGGCGUAGUAUUUCAUCCAGGAGGCAAAUUUUUGGUCUCUGCUAGCGAUGACAAAACACUUAGGGUAUGGGAUCUGAGAAAUAAACGUUGCAUGAAGACACUGGAUGCACACAAACACUUUUGCACAUCUGUGGAUUUCCACAAGGCGCUCCCCUACGUUAUAUCGGGCAGUGUAGAUCAAUCAGUGAAAGUGUGGGAAUGUCGCUAAGAUGUAUGUCGCUCCAUUCCUCAAUAAAUUUCCAAGCGGGUCGGAACAAGAAUGUUCUGAAAUUAAAAAAAAGACAGUAGUUCAGUGCGUGCAAGUAGAAAACUUUUUUACUUAAGUCACACCACGUUUUACGUGCCUGGUUUUUACAUCAUAUAUGUCUUACGAUCAGUUAUUUCCAGGUACUUGAUGAUUAUUUCCUCAUCCUAAGUUUUCAUUUAAAAAAAUUAAAACGUUUAUUUAAGAGAUAACUUAUAUAUUUUUUUUUGUUAUUUUUAAUCGAUCGCUCUAGAAGUUUCACGUCCUAGAUUUUACUGUGUUAGAUGAAUUUUUUAACGGAUUAAUUAUUAUUGUAUAACUCUUACGUUUCUAUGUGAUAUUCCGGUGGAAUUUUUAGAGCUUAAAUUAGCUUAUAUUUAAAGGUAGAUGCUUCUUAGGGAUAACUCGCAAACAAAUUCAUGAGUAGCUAAUCCAGUCAUUUUAGGUACGCGCAGAAAUGUGGUUUUUUUCGGCACUGAUUACGACAGCCAUCCCAUUACACGUACUACACACACCGGAGAGCGAACGUCAUAUUUCUGCCGAACAGUAUUUUUAACCAACAUUGUUCAAUACGGCCUGAAACCGAUUUUUGUCCAACAAAACAAAAAAUAGGUUAUCUACUAGUCAUAAAACUGACAGAAAAAUGUGAACCACUUUUUAAAACGUCAGACUUGUUAAUUGAUAAUAAACAUUGAUGUAAAAGAAUAAAAUAAGUUGUUAUAAUAUCGUACAGUACUUUUUUUAUUUGUCUGUCACAUGUCACAUGCAAGUCCAUGUCUCUAGAAUCAAUUCAUUAUAAAUGGUGACAACUCUGCACCACUGCAAGUUGAGUCUUUAGUGAAUAGGUACUCUGUUGGAAGCUAGGACAAAUAAUCCCCGGACAAAAAAUCCCCACAAAUUAUCCCUGGACAGAAAAUCCCCGGACCAAAAAUCCCGGACAAAUAAUCCCCGGACAAAAAAUCCUCACAAAAAAUCCCGGACAAAAAAUCCCCAAGAAAUAUUUGCUGCCGAAUAGUUCCCUAAAAGUUUUCCCGAAUUUUACCAAAUUUCGAAUUCCAAUUCCAUGCUGAAAACUUCAAAUUUUACAUGACAAAAGAGUAUGAGUUUUUUCAAAAAUCGUGGAAGAUAUGGGGAAUUAGCUAAGGCCCCGUUCUCAUGACAGGCGCUUAACGCGCGUUUUGAUAACGUGCGAUUACAACUAUAUAUAUUUUACUUGAGACCAUUCACAUGCCAACGCGGGUUUGACCUAAAACGCGCGUUAGCAUGUGAACGGUCUUCAGUAAAAUGUAUGCCUGCCACGAGAAAGGGGCCUUAGCUCAUUACCCAUAUCUUCCACGAUUUUUGAAAAAACACACUCUUUUUUCUUGUAAAAUUUGAAGUUUUCAGCAUGGAAUUGGAAUUCGAAAUAUGGUAAAAUUUCGGAAAAACUUCUAGAAAACUAUUCCGCAACAAAUAUUUCUUGGGGAUUUUUUGUCCGGAAUUUUUUGUGGGGAUUUUUUGUCCGGGGAUAUUUUGUCCAGGGAUUAUUUGUCCGGACCGACUCUGUUGUUUUGCUUGCUGUUACGUUAUUGUUACUGUUACAAAAUGCAACAGAUACGAAAUAAGAUUCUUUACGACUACAACUAAAGCACAAUAUUCAAGAAUUGCUACUGUUAUUAUAUUUAUGAUAGUUGGAGAUGUCCAAAGAGUGGAUCAUUUCAUAUUUGAUCCAGAAAGAGGUUUUGCCAAAUUUAACAUAAUUUCAAACUUCAAAUACUCUCGAAACAGGGAGGAGAAUUUAAAAUUGAAUUUUUAUUAUCGAUUCUUGAUUUUAAACAAAUCUUAAUCUUCUACUUAAGAUUUUAAGGAUGAACAUACAUUAUUAAUAACAAAUCUAUAAAAAAAAAUAAACCUGAACAAUUUCUGUUCAUGGGAAGGCUUUUGAACCAUCUAAUGAAAAAAUGGACGUAGUAAAACAUGGAGACUUUCUAAAGCUCUGCAUCAUUUGUGAAAAAUGUACUUAAAUCCUUAGCCGAUUAAAUUUAUUCGACCGAUAUAUGAUUUUGGGAAACUCUGUUGGCCUUUAUUUAACGGAUAUACUUAGCAAUUCCUAAUGGGGUCAUCUUUAAAAGACCAUUUUGAAAAUGUGAUUACCAUAUCGAUAUAGAAAUUUAUAUUAUCAAUGAGCUUAGAUGGAGAAUGUCUUUCUCAUGUACUUUACCCCAUCGUUUAGGCGAUAUACAGCUCAAUAUGCUCUAUCUAAUAAUCACUAACUUGUUUUUAAUGUUGAGGACAAAAAUCGAUUUUAACCAUACUACAACAUUCUGAAAACUAUUAUUAUUAAAAGUUACACUUAUGUACGUAGAACUUAGCACAGCUAACUUAGCAAAAGCUAGUGUUUUUUAUCAGUUAUGUGACAAGUUGUUGUUGUUAGUUGAAUACUCGUGUCUCUGUUUUUCACUUAAUUUCCUUGUUUUAAUUCGAUUAUCACUAAAACAAUUUGAACCUUCAUUUAUCGGUCUCUUCAUUUUAACUGUCGAUUUUGAGUUUUAACUUUUGUUGUUCAUUUUUUUAAAUAGUAUUCUGGCUCCGCGAUUUACGUUCAUCUUUUGAGGACGUCACUUUCUUCAUAUGAAUAAUUAUAAGAAACAUUUUUUAAUUAAUAAUUUACGUGGACAAAAAUAAUUAGUAAAACAUUUUUAAUACAUUUUUUAAAUCAAAAAACAAUUUUGCCUGGCAAUAGUAAAUAAAGUUAAUAUUUACCUAUUUUUUUAGUCUUCUAAGGGAAGAAUAUAAGAUAAAGAGGGAACAUUUUUUGAUGGAAGGCUGUUUUAAAUAUAGAAUGCUUUCAAAAAAUAAUAAUGUACAAUGUGUUGUUCGCUUAUUUAAGUAGAAAUUAUAUCAAAGUUGUUGAUUUUCCUAUUCGAUAAUCUGAAUAAUUGUUUAGAUCAAAUCAUAUAAUAUCAUGAAUAAAAAACAUAGUUAUGUCCUCAAAAGAUCGACACUUUUACUCUGCUUGCUUAAAUCUGCAUGUGCACAAUCGUUUAUAUAACCUCUCAUGUACUUUACAUGCAUAUAAUUAAUAUUGUACUCUUUAAUAGAAGUUGUGAAUACUUGUCCUGUAUAUAUUUAAAAAUAAAGUCUCUUCCCAAUGA